AUGACGAAAGGCUAUUACUUUCUGUGGCGCCGUACUGGUACAGAUCGCAACGAGUUCAUCAACUACUACGAAAAGCCUCAUCUUGAUCUCAUCCUCGCGAACGUACCUAAGCACGACGAUUUUCGGCGCAACUAUCCAGCCUGGCACCGCUGCAAUACAGCCAGCCUGGGGUUGCAGCCAUUUGAUGCGUUGACAGCCAUCACCUACGCAAGUCCCGCAAAGUUUGACGAAGCAAUUGGAAUUUUCUACACCCAGCCAUUCAACCAGGCUGUGACCGAGGACGAGCUCCGGUUCCUGGAUCGCUCGCGCAUGAAGUUCGUCAUGGUUGACGAGAUUAUCGAUCAACUGCCCGAGAAUGAGUGGCGGCCUGCUCCAGCCGUUGGCGGCCAUGCCAAGCUGAUCCGUUUGAUCAAGCGGCCCGCUACCCUCAAUGCUACCGAGUUCCGCAAAGCCUACGAGGCUGCUCAGGCGCCUGCUAUCCGAUCAACAAUCAUCAACUGUAUAGACUAUCGCCGCAACUAUGUCCGAGCGACGGACUCGCAUAAUUUCACCACUCCCGACCUUCAAGGCAGCCCCGGCGAGCCCGACAUGACCGCCUGCGACCUCAUCGAAGAGCUGUGUUUCGCAACUAGCGCUGAUGCUGAUGCCGCCGUCCAAGCACUGGCCGUUGUUGGUCACCACUCACCAUUGUUGACAGAUAUGCAGCGCACGCCAGCCAUCAUCUGCGAUCAGCGUCUCCGCAGCGCAUGA